AUGACGAUUGCGCCGACACUGAGCGCACCCUCGGUGGACGCAGGCGCUACGCUGCACAACAUCCUCACCCACCAAGUCAAAGUCAAAGUCUCGUCCGGUACAUCCAAGGACGCCAGAUCCAUGCUCGAUGGUUCCGCAGAAACCUGCUGGACCUCGGAGAACGUUGCGCCCAACAGCGAUGCGUCUUGUGCGGUCCACGUCAUCUCAUUUAAACUUGCACACUCGAUCUCGAUAGCAAAACUGCACACGUUGGCGCUCACGUUUGCAGGAGGCUUCAGCCCAAUCUCGCUCAAUAUCUUGGCAUCGGAAGAUGGCAAGGUGUGGUCCAACGUGUUGGAACGACUGUUUCCGAUAGAUACAAAUGCAAGACAGUUCUUCCACAUCCAAGGACUGCAAGAUCUGCAAACAAGCUGGUUGCGCUUCGAGCUCCAGGGUAGCACCGACGAGUAUGGGAGGGUAAUCGUGUAUCAGGCUGAGAUGUUUGCUACAUGCUAA